UAUUAUAAAAAAAGUAUUUGUUAAUGAAAGAACAUGCUAAAAAUUUAUUCAAUUCCUUAGUGUCCUAGAUAAAAGCAUACUUUUUAUAGAGUGAAACCAAAAGAUUUUUUUUUUUAAAAAAAGACUUGUAUCGGAUGGUGCAAAACGCUUGUAUAUUGGAUAUAGGGUCACAAUGUAUUCGAGGAGGGUACUCUCAAGAAACGAUUCCCUUGACUGAAAUUUUCUUAUACAAAAAUCAUACUAGUGUUUCGAUACAUGAACGAAAAAAUAUCAAUAAAAAUGAAAAGAGCCUAGGUAGUCAUUGUAUAAAACCAACGCACUCUACGUUUCGUGAUCAUUAUAAAUUACAUCCUAUUGUUAAGGAUGGUCGUAUAGUCGAUUCGCGUCAAUUAGAAAAUCAUUUAAUUCAAUGCUUCACAGCCUUAAACCGUUUAUCAUGCAAUCGUUGUCUUUGCGAUCAAGUUAACAACGACAAUGGAUCGACGGAUCGUACGAUCGUGACUAUGAGUUCCUUUUCUUCCACUUUAUUACCCUUGUUGUCACCUUGUUCUACAUCGACAAACCCUUUACAAGAGCUAGUAGAAUAUUUAUUUUAUACAAAAAAUGUCAAACAUUGCCAAUUCGUCUCUCCAUUGUUAAUGAGUUUGUAUGGCGUCGGUUGUGUCUCUGGUUUGGUCGUGGAUAUUGGCCAAGAAUCCUCUCGUAUUGGAUGCGUGGCUGAAGGGCAAUCUUUUGCAGACAAUGCUUGUGUUAAGCUAAUGAAAGGUGGUCAUACAAUUACGGAAUAUUUACAAGAACGUUUAUGCCUAAAUCAUUCACGUGUUCAAACACCUUACAACGUGUUAGAGAAAAUUAAAAGACAAUCUUGUUUUGUUUCAUUUGAUUUCAAACGAGAUCUACAAUUAGCUAAAGAAACAUCUAUGUUUCAGAAACAAUGGAUUUUGCCUGACUCAACCCAAAUUAUUUUAAAUGAAGAACGGUUUACUGAAUGUGAACGUUUCUUUAACCCAACGCAAGAGUACUUAGGUUUUUGUGAGGGAGGAGAAGUACUACCUGAUCUGAUUGGAGAAGUGAUUCAGACAAUACCUUUAGAUUUACGUCGUCCACUUCUUAAGUGUAUUGUUUUAAGUGGAGGGGGUGGUUUACUCUCAGGUUUCCCUCGAAGAUUGGAACAAGAAAUUCGUUCGUGGUACACUUUUAAUAUACUAAGUCGUUCUAGUAUUCCUUCACACUCGCAGCUAAUGACUUAUCUUUUAGCACCUCCAGAACGUCAAUGGCUUGCGUUUCGUGGAGCGUCUUUAUAUGCUCAACUCAGUGCAUCCAUGGAACAUUCAUGGAUUUCCCGUUCGUCUUAUGAGGAAAUAGGUUUACGAGCUUUUGAUUGUCAAUCAUUUAAAAAGUUUCAUGCAACGCCAAGUUAAGUAAUAAAUUUUUUUUUUG